UCGGGGUAUGGCGCAUCGAAGCGGGGAUGUCAUAUGAAUAUGAAUAUGAUGUCAUCUGAUAUGUGACUCAGUGUUUGUGUAGUUUAUCAAUAUCGAUAUUGUAUCAACGAUGUGGUCGUGCAUCGCUGACUUCUUCACGUACGAAACCACAAAGUCGGUGGUGGUGAAGAGCUGGACCAUCGGCGUCAUCAACCGAGUCGUGCAACUCCUCAUCUUCACCUACUUCAUCGGGUGGGUGUUUGUUUACGAGAAGGCGUACCAGGUGAGGGACACGGCGAUCGAGUCGUCGGUCAUGACCAAGGUGAAGGGAUUCGGAGUCUACAAUGACAAAGUCAUGGACGUCGCAGACUACGUCACGCCGACGCAGGGAGCUUCCGUCUUCUGCAUCAUCACCAAACUCAUCACAACAGAAAACCAAGUCCAAGGGCGUUGUCCAGAGAGCGAGAAGAAUUAUGUCUGUACUGACGACAGCAACUGCACUCGACUGGCUAACAAGCCAGGAAGUUACGGAAUUCUUACGGGAAGAUGCGUUGCUUUCAACAGCACAGUCAAGACGUGUGAAAUCAAAGGCUGGUGUCCCGCCGAAAUCGAUACCAUCAGCAGCACCCCCAUGAUGGAGGUGGAAAACUUUACUAUUUUCAUCAAAAACAGCAUCCGAUUUCCUACCUUCAACUACACCAAAGGCAACUUCCUCCCCACCAUCACUGACGACUACAUCAAGAAGUGUAACUUUGACACGGUCAACAACACGUACUGCCCCAUCUUCCGGGUGGGUGAUGUGGUCCGCUACGCACACCAGAACUUCACCAAGCUGGCAGACAAGGGGGGGGUGAUCGGGAUCAAGAUCGGCUGGAUGUGUGACCUGGACAAAUCCGAUGAUCAGUGUAACCCGUCCUACUCCUUCACCAGACUGGACGCCAUGUCACAGAAGAACGCCGUCUCCACGGGAUACAAUUUCAGGUUUGCCAAGUAUUACAAGAUGGAGAACGGGACCGACUACCGCACGCUGGUCAAAGCCUACGCUAUCAGGUUUGAUGUCCUCGUCAAUGGAAACGCAGGAAAGUUCAACAUGAUUCCCACGCUUAUCAACAUGGUGGCAGCGUUCACGUCCAUAGGAGUGGGCACGGUGCUGUGUGACAUCAUCCUGCUCAACUUCCUGCGGGGAGCCGAGAUGUACAAGGCCAAGAAGUUUGAAGAGGUGUCGGAUAAUCCCGUGGACGCUCUGAGCCACAGACUCUAUCGCUCCCAGUUGUCGCUUCCAAACGAUGCGCCUGCGGAUACUUCCGGUGACCUGGGAGCUUAUUCCUUCGGGUAUUAUUGCUAAGCAGGCGUCAGCAGGAGGAUCCGAAUCCCAAUUUCUACUCUGAAUGCGUAUUAUCAAUAUGAUUUCCAACCAUAUCUCCACCUUGAUUGGCAUGUUGCAUGUGUCAUCUUCUUGUCAUUAAAAGCAA